AUGGAUUUCUCAUUCCAUUCACAGCACUUCGACAGAAUGCAAAUUUCAGACCAGGAUUCCAGACUUGGUCCCCUGUCACAGCCAGAAGCGCCACCUCAAUUCAGUGUACCUGACUGGGCAAGAUGGAGAUCCCAGCUAGCUCCCAUGCCUAACUAUUAUCAGAGUAUGAGCAUUCCUCGUCUCUCUGAUAACGAGUACAGCUUGGAUCCGUUGUCUCAGGAUCUCGUUGGGGAUCCAAACGGAUAUCUUGAUUCCUACCGCUCACCUGUCACCCCCACCAUGGCUGGCACACCCUUGGAGAUAUUGGCUCCUCAGGCUGGGGAGAGCCACCCAGCUUGGUCACUUUUUCAACCUCCGCAUAUCUUCAAAGACCAGCAAUACAACUAUCCUCAGUCAGAUCAUCUUCAGCCCGCUCCAGACUGCCCGCCGUCGCCACUUUCUGAAGUCUCGUCCUACCACUCCCCGCAGUCGCUCGCUGCUUCGAGUCCGGCAAUGACGAUUCAGACAGCAGACCGUCUCUCUCCGCGUUCAGGCACUGGCGACAAUAGAGAGGAGCGCCCCGGUCACCCUCCCUAUUCUGUCCUGAUCUACCAGGCCUUGAAGGAAGCCCCGGGAAACAAGCUUCAACUCCAAAGCAUUUACUCCUGGUUUGAAGCGAACACAGACAAGGCAAGAGACCCGAACACAAAGGGCUGGCAGAACAGUAUUCGCCAUAAUCUCUCGAUGAACGCGGUAACUCUCACUUUUCGUAACCCAUUCUUUCAGUUCACCGGAUUCGAAGCAGUGAAGGAAGAAGUUGGACCAGGCAAAAAAGCAGUGAACUUCUGGAGGCUGACACCGGAAGCCAUCCACAGCGGAGGCAUCCAAUCGACUACCCGCUACCGCAAGCUCCAGCUCCAAAAGAAAGGAGUGAACUUCGGCCAUCGUGGCCCCACACGUCAGCCAUCGGAGUCCAAGGGGGUCCAUGCCACGAAGGUUGUCAAAUCACGCAGCACGGACAGUCCCCAUAGCGAGCGCGCCGAAGCAUAUCAUCACCAUCACCAGCAUAUGAUCAGCACGAACCCUAGCCUGGGACAUGAAUACGGUCCCACGAGCCUUCCAGCGAUGCAAAGCUACAUGCAGCGCCCCACGGGCCCUGUUGUCGGAUGCACCCCCAUGAUACCAGGCAACACGCUCUUCGUUGAUAGCGCGGAAACAGGACAGGCAUUCGACGUGGGCCAUAACCAUGAUUGGUAUGUUCCAGAGUCGGGCUCCAACAGGGUCCAGGACCCACUCGAAGGUCCCGGUCGAUCAUCAGCAUGGGAUUCGAAAAAAGGAAUCUAA